UGAUUCUGCUUCACGAGGAGGAGAGGAGAGGAAGUGGGGGGGCACCGGCAGCAGCUGCUCCCAGACACCAGCCGUACGGCUCCCCUUCCGCGCCCCAGGUGGCCAGGUGCCCUGGCACCUUGCGCCACCUGGCCCAGGCCUAGAGACGGCCCUGCUUGCCAUUAUUAGUUCAUACACUUAUUCCAAUUUUUCUUGGCCAAGCUAUGCACAUUUAAUCAUGAGAUUUUAUAAACCAUUCAGAUUAUGUACAAAAAAGGUCCAAAACAUGGUCCCUGGUGCUUCUGGUUAAUUCUUGCUUAAUUCUUAUCAUUCCAGUAGAGUAAUAAGGCUUGGUUAUUUUGUGUGUGUGUGUGUGUGUGUGUGUGUGUGUGUGUGUGUGUGUGUGCAGUUCUCUUGGGGAGAGAAAGAGCUGGGAGGGACUGCAGCAUAGGGAAGGUAAAUUGCACAAAUGUUCUGUUUCCUGCUCAUUGGGAAUAAAUUGAAGCUCUUCUUACUUUUGCAAUUAUUCUGAAAAUGCUUAUUCAAAAUUUUUCAUCUUGAAUCCCAUGAGAUUAUAUUGAAUGAAACAGUUACAUUUCAUUUUUCUUGUAUUUAAGUACUGAACUUAAUUUCUUAUCUACAUUAAGAAAUCUACAUUUUCCAAGUUGGUCCAAUAAUAACUGGCCAGAGUUCUAGGCAAAGAACAUAAAACAACAAAAGGCAGCCAACCCUAAUAUAAAUUGACCCUGUUGUUUCCUCCUCCAGUAAUGUUCAAAGGAAUAAACAACUGUAGAAAUUCAUUUUCCGGUUACGCUUUUAAAGGGAAUGUGCAUCUCUUGCUUCCUUGCCACUGUUUUUGGGUGUUUCCUUCCUUCCUCCUUUAGACAUCUUAACUAUUUCCUCUGCUUCAUCUUCCAUUCUCAGUUCUAAAUCCUUUAUUUCAAUACUGUACUACAUAAUUUGACUCUUUCCCCCACCUCAUCUUCAUGCCUAGCUUGCUGCAUGCUGAACACUGGCAAAAUGUCCCUCCCUCAGUGACUUUAAAAAAAUAAAUAAGUAAAACUCUAGAUUGACCUCAGGGUCAAUCUUAAGGUCAAACUUACCACAUAAACUUCUGUGUUACUGAAAUAUGCUUUGCUGAUAAUUAUACAAUUGAAGUAUAGAAUUUUAUUUAUUUCCUGUUGAAGUCAAACUUUCUAAAGAAAAAAGAAAAAAGUUCCAGGGGAACAAAAAAUAUAUCAAUAUCUAGUACUGUAUCAUUGUCUAAGCUGGGGUAGACAGAAGGUAAUUCAGGAUCUCUGGUUGAUUUUUGGUAGAUCAGCAAGCAUUUCUGAUGCCCAGUUAUUAAACAAUGGCAACAAAACAACUCUCCCUACCAAAAUUAGUCUGCUGAAAUGAUGAUUAAUCAGGAUUGGACUGUUGUGUGAAAAGAUGCUAAACUCAAUUAGUUGUGAUCCUGAAAAUGCUCAGAAUAUGCUCAAAGGCACUUUGUUCUUUAAUUCUGUGUGCCUUGCACAUGGCUCUGGUUGGUAGAUCUCAGGACUCUAGUGAAAAAACAAAGUUGAUCUUACCAGUCUAAGAUCUGCCCACCCUGUCCUAAUCUACUACUGUAGCCAGAUAAGCAGUGUGUAAGAGUGAAGAAAGCUGAUUGGUACUGUACAAUGGCUUACAGCAAGUGACUCAAGCACAAGAGUGUCUUUAGUGUGGCUUGAAGGCACAGUGUUGUAUUCAACAAAGUCAUUGCAUGAGCAGAACUUCUGCUUUUGCAGCAGAACUUCUCUCUCCCCUGCUUUCCACAAAGCAGAUAAGGGUUGCAUGGGGGGGAAGGUGAUGGAAGGGAUGUUCUGUUGUGGAGUGUAAGUCCUGUUUGCACACUGGUUUCAGAUACAGCUCACAAACACUUUUUUCUAACUUCUUGAUCUCUUGCAGUCCCCUUUAUCUACUUUUUAUCCAUUACAACUAAUCCUCUGUUUCCUUUGAACAUUUUUGUUGUGUGCUAGAAUUUCAUUACAUGUCAUUGGCACGCUUUCCUGAAAUGUGAUGUGUUUUCCUUCGUAUGUUCCUAAAUUCAUUUAUAUUUUUGUUCCUGCUAAUGUUUGCAACAUUACCCAGUGUAGUGCCAUCUGUGAAUUUAACUAACAUGCUGUUUACCCUUUCUUCCAGAUCCCGUUUCUGAUCCUACUUCCACAUUUGGGAGUAUGCAAGGGACAAAAGCACCUCUUUGCGUAGCUUGACUGGAUGCCCCAAGACUAGGAUGUUAGUAUAUUUAAACCAUUUUCCUUCCUUUGUUAUGUUGCCAAUAACUAUUUGUACAUUGGUUGUUUGGCUAUGAUUGGCUAUUGUGGCACUUUAUAAAUAGCAGUAGUAAAAAAAGUUAACUUACAGAGCUUCUGUAAAGUUUGGCCAAGAUGUUGAAAAUGUGUGCCAAAAGCCUAGUGCCUAAUUAAUCCCAAUAUGAUAGGUUCUUGGAAGCACUGACUACUGUCUGUUCCCUUUAUCAAGUGAGAGUUGAGAAAGCUCAGUAUUUCUAACUAAAAUAAAGCCAAAUGUACUUGGGAGUCUGAUUUUAGGUGCCUGUUUCCCCAAAAAGGAAUAAAAACUUUGUGAUUAUGGUAUUAUAAAAUGGUUUGCAUUCAGGUGAUUUGUGCAAGAUAGUUUUAAAUAGUGAUGAUUCUAGUCUGUAGAGACUUUAAUAUCUAACACACAAAAAUAAUGGCAUUGUUUUUUUCCAUUAUUUUUAUUUGGUUCAGAAUAGCCUGUGCUCCACAGUUUAAUACUGUACCAAUCUUUCUCAGUAAAAUCUCCAUCUUGAAAUUGCUUGAAAUACAUGACUUUGGUGUCUAUGCUUUAUUUACUUAUUUUUAUUUUGUAAUGUGAGGGAUUGACUGAAAACUUAAUAAUUCGACUGGUGUAGCUGAAUCAGCCAAAUAUGAAAACAUGGUUCCCCUACCAUAUUCUAAAUUCUAUGCAAAGCAAUUCGUAAAUGCUCAGAUUCCUAGAACUUUCUCUUAACAGUAAUAUUAGCUUUGUCAAUAACUUUUCAGAAAUGUAUUUUGCUUCCCUUUGUUCAGUCUCCACAUAAAGCAUGAAAUGAAAGAGAAAGCAAACAUACAGGAAGACAUAAUAGAGCAGUGUUUCUCAACCUUUUUUGGGCCACGGCACACUUGUUCCGUGAAAAAAAUCACGAGGCACACCACCAUUAAAAAGGUUAAAAAAUUUAACUCUGUGCCGCCCUAUAUUAUAAUUAUGACUGUAAGAAACACUUGCCAAAUAUUGCUUUCCGGCGGGUCAGUGAUGUGUAUUGGCGGCCGCCAGGCUCGUUUGCAUCGAGCUUUGGGAAAGAGGAGGAGAAAUAUUGCUUUCCGGCGGGUCAUUGUUGUGUAUUGGCGGCCGCCAGGCACGUGACAAUGCAAAUCACCCUUCUCGUCGCCGCACGUCGUGGCACACCAACCAGCGUAGUGUGCCGCGGAACAGUGGUUGAGAAACGCUGUAAUAGAGGUGUCCUGCUGUAACUGGAAUCAUAAGGGGCAGUGAUAAGAAUAAGUAAACAGGCAAUGCAGUCAAAGGGGAAGUUCACUGGAGUGGGAUGGUGAAGGGAAAGCAUGGGAUGUGUUUCUUUUUGCUGCUUGGCUGCUUGUCCAGGGGCAGUUGCUACUUGCCAACUUCCUAGUCAUUGACACACCACUAGUCCAUCUAGUUACUGGCAGAGGUUCUCCAGCAUCAAGCACUGAUAGUUUUUCCUGUCACUGCUGCCUGAUAUCUCUUAAGUGGAAAUGACAUGAAUCUCUCAUAUAUUUUGUUUGGAAGUGUUUAAUAGGAGUGAAAGGCAGAAUGCAGAAAUAUGUGGUGAGGAGGAAUGAAUGAACCAGUGGAAUAUUUGAAAGUGGUUGAAAAAAGCAGAGAGUUGUGAAUGGGUAAAGGAAAAAAAGGAGAUGGAAGGGUGAUUGAGGGACAGUAGCAUUGCAGUAUGUGCAUAUCACUGCAGCAGAAGAGAGGGGCUGUACGCUAAGGGAAUAGAGCCAAAAAGCGGUUUAGAGAAGAUAGCUUUAUAAAACAUCACACCAUGCACAGAAUAGUAAUUAUAUUUAUAUCCUACCUUUCCUCCAAAGAGCACAAGGUGAUGUACAUGGUUGUCGUCUUCCUUGUUUUAUCCCCACAGUGACCAUGGAAGGUAGGGAAGGAUGAGAGACUGAUUGGCCCAAGGUCACCCAGUGAGUUUAUUGAAUAAAUAAAGAGCAAUGUGCAGUGAUUAACUUGUGGUUUUAGUGGCAAUUCUGGGGCACUUGUUAAUUGUUAUUGCUGGGGUUAGCAUUCCUUCUCUGGAGCUCUGUGCCCUUUUCUGGUCAAAGCUGGAGCCACCAAGCCGAGAUGGAUUUAAAGGAGCAAGGCAGAUCAGGUCCAGCCAGGAAACAGAGUAGAAUAGGAUCUGAGGCAAAUAUCAGGGACAAAAGGGCUGAGAAAGUGAAGCCUCUUAUAUUUUGUGGGCCACAACAGUUUGGCCCCAAUGAACAGGGAUAAGAGUGGGCUAUAAUGAUUUCUAGCAUAAUGCUCAUGCAAUUCACAAUUAUAUUUGGCCUUGAUUACAGAAGGACUCCAAAGCCCUUUCUGGAGCUGGCUCCAUGCUUCAGUAACAUUAAUUUGGUUUGAAUAGAGACAAUGCUUUCCUAUAUUGUGCUAAUUAACAUACAUCUAAGCUCUGAUUGAAUUAUCACUGGUUGCAUUUUUUGCACCACAUUGCCAUUUAGCUCCCGGUUUAUAUAUUUAUUUUCCCUAACUCUUAUGUAUACAGUACAUAUUUGCCAACUCAGAUCUCACUUCCUACAUCUGACAAUUAUUUUUCUUAAAGUGCCACAGGACUCUGUUCUUCUUGGUGCAACAGACUAACAAAGCUACCCCUCUGGAAAAAAUUCAUCCCUGACAUGUCUGUCAGUGAGGGCUUUGGAUGGAAAGUUACAGGAGGGGGGAAAUCCUCUUAUUUGCCUUGCUUUCUCCUCCCCCCCCCAUUUGCUUAGUAAAUUAAGGUUUUAGAAUUAGAUCAUGUAUGUGUGCUUGGGAUAGGGCAGCAGGAUAAGAGAUGGUCACAUCAGAAUUUUCAGAUCUCCUACCCUUGUGGAAAAAGCACUAGGGAUGCAAAUGACCCUCCAUCUCUUCCUCAACCCCCCCCCAAAAAAAAACAAGUGGAAGCUGAUGGUUUUCUUUGCAGGCUGCCAGGGAAUGUUGGCAGCAGGGAGCAACAUGUAUGCAAGAGCCCUUAGCCAGCUGGUGCUGCGAGUUAGGCUAAAGAGUUUUGGCAAAUGGCCAACUGCCUAGGGACCAAAGAUAGGGGAAAUUGGAUGUAUACUCUCUGAGGCCAAUCUACCCUUCCAAACAAGGUAUUUAAGUGGGGCUGCUUCCUUGCAGCUUGAAGGAUCACAAGAUGGGGAAAGUACAUUAGCCUCCCAGAGCAAACUUUACUUGACCCCCCCCCUUUCACAUGUGAUAUGUUCAUAGGUCUCCUCUUUUUUAUAUGAGUAUUGAAGAUUAUUAAUAUGAAGAUAAUACACAGGGCUGUGCAAGGGUAACAUUGUGUCUCUGGCUCAAAAUUCAUGUUGAGAAUCUUGCCUUCCAUUGUUUUGGGCUUUUAAUUUGGGGCUUGAAAAUAGAUGUGCUUAGAAGUUGGUAUGAAGCCCAGAGCCCUAUUUACAAACAGAGAUGUACAUUCUGUUGUUGCAGCUUCACCCCAAUUUUUCACAUUUUAAUACAAGAUACUUUUAUCUGGAGCUUCCUUAUAUGUUAAGCAGGGCUGAUGUGAGUAAAAAACUCAAGGGUGAUAGUCAACUAAGAGUAGACACACUGAAAUGAAUGUACAUAAUGAAGUAAUGUUCAUUAAUAUCAGUGGGUCUACUCAGAGUAGUUCAGGGUUCCUGUUCCCAUGGGACAAGUAUGAGAGCUCAUCUCAUACUGGGGUGCAAAGUACAACCAAUCAAGCAGUGGGAAUUGUAAUGUAUAACCUCUUCCAUUGAUGUUGAUUUACACUACUGACAAGAGUGGCAUAUGCUAGAUAUUUUAAACGUCUCACUAUGCUGCAUGCUGUGCCAUCAGGCCAGAGUUCCUCUUUUGUGUGUGUGUGUGUGUUAUAUUUUGCUACCCAGGAAAGGGAAGCCCUAUAUUUGUCUAGCACAGGGAUGAUUUCUAUGGAUUAAUAAAUCCUUCCGUGUGUGUGAUUCCUUUGUUCCUGUUAAAAUCACCAUGUGUUAAUAAGCUUUUAAUUUGCACUUAUCCUUGCUGACCAUAAGAAUGCCAGCAAGAUAAAUGCAUGUAAAGGCUUUCAUUCUGGUAACUACACAAGAAAGUCCUGAAUGACAAAUUGCUGGCUGACUGAGAGAGAUGCACCCAUUUGCUCUUUCAUCCAAUCCCACCAACUGUUUCCUAUUCUUUUGCUGAGGGAGGUAGGGAGAAAUGGUAUCUGCUGCUUCAAGCAGAGCAGGAUUCAACUAUUAUUCUUGUCAUGGCAAGUGUGGCACCACCCUCUUGCAAGCGUGAGGAGUGGCCAGCUUUCCUCCCAACUUUGAAAACCAGGGAAUGGGGAAGGAUCAUCCCAGAAAUGUCCAGGCAAUCUCUUCCCCCUUCACCUCUCUAAAGUUGGGAGGAAGGCUAGGGAUGGUAUUGCAGUUGUGUGAUUCAAGCCUGUGCUAGAAAUUCACCAGACACAUUUUGUGACUGGUGCAGGUCCAAUUGUGACCAUGUGGAGAUCUCUGGAUGCCAGGUUGGCGACUUACAUCUCCAUCUGUCUGGCCCCUCCAGUUUUCUUGAGCAGAGAAGGCACAAAGCUUUACACUGUGCUGAAAUGCUGUUCUCUUAACUACUGGAAAUCAUAUUCUGCAAUUCCUCUAGCUUUCGACAUUUCAACAAGCAACACCCACACAUUUCCAAGAUUUGAAAGUAUUCUAGAAGGGCUGUUUGGACCUGAAUUAUUAAAAGAUCUGAGUUUGUUUAAAGACUUUGAGCCUGAAGGUGUCUCUGAUUGGUCUUUUGAUGAAAAUUGUCUUUUCUGCUGUUUGAGACGAGAGAAAGUGAAGGAACACUUAGUCAGUCUGGAUGAGCCAGCUUUGGAAGUUGGGCACCAAGCUCUGCUUAGACAAGAGCAAGCGAAAAUCAUUCGGUUCGAGAGGCAAGCGGAAGAAUUUAUCCAUGCAGUCUUUUAUCGAAAAGACAGUCAUAGGGUCUCUGACCCCAACAUUCCCCUAGUGGCCCGUGAGAUCAUGCAGCGGAUGAUUCGACAGUUUGCUGCUGAAUAUACCUCAAAAACUAGCUCUACUCAGGACUCCAGCUCGCCCAAUAGCACAAAGAACCAAAGCCUGCUGAAAGCAUCUCUGGUAGCCUCAUCCCCUGUGGGUGCAACGGCUCAAAAUCCUGUGCUCAGCAAACUUCUCAUGGCUGACCAGGACUCGCCCUUGGACCUCACUGUCAGAAAGUCUCAGUUGGAUCCUAGCGAACAAGACGGAGUACUUGAUCUGUCCACUAAGAAAAGUCCAUGUGCAGGCAGCGCCUCCUUGAGCCAUUCACCUGGCUGCUCCGCUACUCCUGGGAAUGGGCGACCUGGGAGACCCAGCCAGCACCAUGCAGAGGGACUUCGGAGUGGUGAUGGGGUGCCCCCGAGAAGUUGGCAGGAUGGAACGAGGGAAGGGUCUGGCCACUCCACAUCUCUCAAAGUUCCAUUGGCUCGAUCACUGCAGAUAAGCGAAGAACUGCUGAGCAGAAACCAGCAUGCUACAGCUGCCAGCCAUGGGCCGUCUGGGCUGCAGAAUCACGGACAGCACAUGAUACUAUCCAGGGAGGCUUCUUGGGCAAAACCACACUACGAAUUCAACUUCACCCGAAUGAAAUUCAGGGGAAAUGGUGCACUCAGCAACAUCAGUGACCUUCCUUUUCUUACAGAAAAUUCAGCCUUUCAAAAAAUGGCACUUCAAACUAAACAAGAUGGGAAAAAGGACAUGAGCCAUUCAACUCCUGUGGAUUUAAAGAUACCACAAGUUCGAGGCAUGGACCUUUCAUGGGAGUCCCGUUCUGGCGACCAGUAUAGCUAUAGCUCUUUGGUGAUGGGUUCACAAACGGAGAGCGCGCUUAGUAAAAAGUUAAGGGCUAUCCUUCCGAAACAAAACAGAAGGAGCUUGCUGGAUCCCGGACCAGACUCCUGGGGCUCAGAUGCUGAGCAAUCUACCUCUGGACAGCCAUAUCCCACCUCUGAUCAAGAGGGAGAUCCUGGCUCUAAGCAACCUCGGAAGAAAAGAGGCAGAUACAGACAGUACAACAGUGAGAUAUUGGAAGAAGCGAUCUCUGUGGUGAUGAGUGGGAAAAUGAGUGUCUCCAAAGCUCAGAGUAUUUAUGGGAUUCCCCAUAGCACCCUGGAAUAUAAAGUGAAAGAGAGGCUGGGCACUUUGAAAAACCCUCCAAAGAAAAAAAUGAAAUUAAUGCGGUCGGAGGGACAGGAUGUCUCUGUAAAGCUUGAGAUAGAUCCCCAGGGAGAGGCAGCACAGAGUGCGAAUGAGUCAAAGGAUGAUUAGGGAUGUUGUAGAGUGCCAAUUACAUUACAAACUGGGUGAGCACUAUGGCAUUGUUCAACUCCUGCUGUAUGUACCCAACUCCUCUUCAGUCACUGGGUGCAGGACAUGCUCUUUUGCAGUUCAGCAAAGACUUGUAUGGACACAGGGGGGAAAGGGUGCUCUGAAUGUUGCAUAUUUGUAAAUUUUCUGGCCCGGAAUGGCUUAGAGCCCUCUUUUGUGUUUUUGUUUUGUUUUGUUGUUGGGGUUUUUUUUUUGGCCUUUUGCAUGUUUCUCUAAUAUUCUAUAGAGAAUUGAGUUACCUCACAAAGAAUGCAGACAUGGAAGUGGACUGUUUGCCUCUUGAGCCUGCAUGGACUUUCAGUUAUUUUAUUGGGUUUGCUUUCUUCAUAUGGCCUUUAAAAAAAAUCACUUUCUUGAGCUCUAGUACCAGACUUGUAAAACAAAAACUGGAUAAUUGCUUAUAAUUAGGCUUUCACAGUUUUUUAUUCUUCGAUCCAGUUGGCUUGAAAGAGAGUUUAACCUUUUUAAGUAUGGCUAGUCAUUUUGAAUUCAGUGAUUGGUGAUUGGAUUCCUAGUCAGUUGGGUCUAAUUGGAGCCAUUUUGUUUUAAAUUCAACUCCUCCUUUACUAUUUGCAAUCUGCUUAGUGCUCACCCGGCGGGGCGGGUGGGAGUGGGAUGGGGGGAACUUUACAUACACUACCUUCAGAAUGCUUUGGUUCAUUCCUUUGGAACACUACCUUCACUGUAAUUGUGUUUGCUCUUUUGCAAAGGCAAGAGAGUUCAGCUUGCCUGCUUGAGGAUGUAGCCUUAUCUCAACACUCCAUUCAGGAGCAUCAGGGUACAUUGAAUGAUAUACUAGGGUAUUCCUCACUUUAACAAAAUAAUGGCUUUUUUGUGACCUACGUGCUUUUUAACAGACUGGAUUCUGAGUUUGCUAAACUGUGCGUUUCCAACAUCUUGUUUAAAGAACUCUCUUCUGGGAGUCAGGAAUACAUAUAGUCGCUUACUGUUAUCUUGGGCAAAAAACAAACAAAAAUCCUCAUCAAACCAACUGAUCUCUAAACAUACAACCUCAAUAGUCUGCCUAAAUAGUCAUGUAAAUGAAGGAUCUAUAUUAAUGUUCAGGGAAGUAAUUUUUACAAAUUUUAAUAAAACCCAUUAUCAGAUCACUCUGGUCUGAUUUAGGCUGAGCAUCUUAUCUAGUUGUUAUACUUGUCAGGUUUGAACACCCAAUGGGUGUUUCCUUUUUAAAUACUACAGUUGCCAGUAGCAGGAAAUGUUCUUGCAUAUCCUGAAUUUCUGUUUUUAUUUCAUCCACUAUUGAUUUUAAUAGGGGACUAGCACACACUCACAUAGGCAGAUCACCACAAGCACUCCUAAAUCCACAGUUCAGUCUUGUUAGUUGCAGAGGCAUCUAAACAUUCUUACAUGUUAAGCUUUAAAUAAAGCUUUCUGGACUUGCAGCUUCACUGAAUCAGACUUACUGGUUCUUUGGGUAGAGAAACAAUUUAAUCUUAGCUGUGCAAAAGAUUGGUAAGACUCCACUCUACUGCUUUGCACAACCAAAAGAGGCAAUGGAAUUUGUAUGUGAGACAUCAUUUGAGCACUGUUCUUAAUUAGUUAUCCUGUGUUAAUGACUGAAAGUGGAUGCUAAGAUUCAUAGGAAGAAGGCCUAGAUAGCCCCAGGGCUGCUGCUUGAAUUUGAGGGCAAUUAAUUGAGUUGGCCUUCUUGAUUGGUUGAUUGCUUCCCAGUAACCCACUGUAUUCAAAGGUUAGGCACACCAUUGCUGUCGUGUUAAAUAUGCACUUCUCAUUCUUGAGAGAGACUGGGCUUUUGGCCCAGAUAUGCUUUGUACUACUGUUCUUAGACUUUUCUUUUUGUUUUGGUAGCUUAAUGUAUUUCCAUACUCAAAAGCAGAGUUCCUUUAGCUAUCUAGGUGUCAUCUCAGUACAGAAACCUGUUUGAAGCUCCAUAGUGGUGUAGAAACUCUGCAAUAUACUCCAGCUUUUCUGGAAAUUGCAAUAAAAAUGCACUGUUUUAAAUUUGUGGUUUCAUCUGCUAUUGAAAGUGUGGGAGAAGAUUUGCUGCAAGCUAGAAGUGUGACACUUGCAUAGAGUUUUGCUGUCAGAGGUUUAACCUUUUGUGGCUGUUUUUAUUUAAGUGAUGUAUGAGUUGAGUUCCGUAAAACCUUGUCAUGGUGUAUGUGCUGUGCUCAUUUUACUUACCUAAAUAUUUUCUAUGUGUAUCAUUAAGUGGAUGACAAUCGUGCAGCAGAAAAAUGGUGUGCCUACCCUUUAAUGCUGCAGUUUAGAAAGAGAACUACUUGUACGUCAUUUCAGACCAUAGGUUGAGAACUGUAAAUAGAUAGUGAUAGUUGCGUAUUCUUAUUGCUUUGGUUAGAAAAUAAAUUAAACAACCAAACACUUAAUUUUCUCAGAUUAAAGUCCUGGGACCUGACGAUUGUAAGAUUCCUAUCUGCAAAGCUUUGAAAUAUAACACUUAAUAUCUGUGAUCACUUCCUAUUCAGGUAAAAAAAAAUCCCAGAAGCUUUGGAACAACCAUAUUUCCUCAAAAGGUCUCUGCUUAAGAAAAGGAAAAAGUAGGUUAUUUUUAAAGCACUAAUUGCAUUACUUUUGUAAUUGCAAUAUAAAAUAGCCAUUAUUGUUUUGUGAAGCAUGGUUGAAAUUAGUUAGUUGUCCCUUUCUAAAAUUUCAGAAGCCUCUCAAAAAUAAACAAAAAGCUGCUGAAUAUUCAAAAGAUAAAAAUAUAUCUAUAUUUUACCUUAUUGUAGGUUUUGUAAACUUAGUCUGUAAUAUUCAGGUGCACCUUUUUAAUGUUUAACUUUUGUUUAAGACUUCAUCUCACCUGUUUUUGCCCAGGUGGCUCAUCCUGUGACUGUAUCUCACUCUAGAUCCUAAGUGAUUGACUGAAGUAAGACUGCUCUGACAGAUGCCUUUGGUGCAGCUUUGAGUAGUAUUUGGGAGCAUCUUUCCUGUUAGGAAAAAAUGGAACCAGUAUUUAUCCAUUAGCAUGCUUAAUUUUCUGCUGAACAGAAGUUUGCAUGGCCAAAAUCCUCAACUGACCAUAGUUUGAUGUGGAAAGAUGUGGUUUGCUGCUGUCUUUGUAAGAGAAGCCUUGUUUUCUCCUGUUUUCCAGUAAAUGGAUGCUCAUGUAAUUUGUGCAAGACAUAGGGCUUAGGCCUUGUUUUCCCUGUCACUUUUGAGAACAUUUUAAGGGGACAAAGCCAAGUGUAAUGCUCCAGAAAUGGUGAAGUCUUUGGGAGGAAGAACUGGACAUUUUAAUCACAUGUGUGUUAGAUCCAGAACCAAAAUUUGGUGGAAAUAUUGUGUAUCUGUUGAUGGUGUCAUGUACACCUGGAUGACAGAAUGAAACUGUGAACAGUAUUUGUGGCAGCCUCUGUUUAUACAGACCAGGUAUCAUGAAGGAUAGGUUCUCCCUCUACUCCCAGCCUAGAAGACUAAUGUUAGAAUGUGUUUGUGUAACGUUUAAAAUCAAGUUCACUAUUGUACUGGAAUUUAGAUGUUGCUUGGUAACCUUUUGCUACAGCAGGUUAUACAGAUGAGUAAGGCUUAGUGUUGUAGGGGUACAAGUGUGGAGUUAAUUAUUGUGCAGUUCUGUGGAGCGAGCCCAGUGUGUAGAAAAUGUAUCAGUUUUUACUUGGAUCUGUAAAAUAUAAAAGCUCUUUCCUGGCGAUCUGAUACACUAUUACCUCUGUCAGCCAUUCUAGAACCUCAUUUUCUGUGCCCCAGGCCUUUUUGUUUUCACUACACCUCUAAAGAAUGGAAGUUGUAGGGUUUGGACUGUUGCCCUUACUUUAUAUAUAGAUAUAUAUAUAUAUAUAUAACCUCCAAACUCCUGAGUUUAUUAAAAUAAUUGAAAGAUAACUCCUCCAGGGGCACUAAGAUCCUCCUCUUGCAUUAGCCAAAUGCCCCAAGAAUAUGUCCUUGCUUCUGUAUGGCCCUAGUACUGCUCCAUACUGCCCGCUGCUCUGCCUCCAAAGGAAAGGCCUAGUCUGAAUGUUUUCUUAAAUAUUUUCUAAUGCAAAUCUGGAAUAAUUUUUAAUUAUCCUUUAAGAAUGAGAUGUACCUUAUAAACAUGGUAGCAGUGCAGGUCUGCUUUGUUUCCUGUGGCUUACCCCAAAGCUUAUUGACAAAUGAUGGGGCAGUUUGAACUAUGACCUCAGAUGACACCAUGAUUGCUCAUAAACUGUCAGGAAUUAUUUAUGCUUUUAAAAAAAAUUCCCCCAUGAAAACCUCCACACAUUGGCUGUAUUUGUGAUCCCAUUGACAUCAUGCUAUUGAUGUCUCAUGGUAAGCUCCUUAGCAAGCCAAAAAAGGAAAGGGGGGUCAAAUUUCAUUGUGGUGUUGACAGGGAAAAGCAGAUUCCACCCUCCGUGUAUAAUAAAUUUAGGAUUAAAUCUUCCUAAAGUCUCUGAGUGUCUCAGAGGUGAUAAAGAGGAUAAAGGCAUGGCACCUGAGUGGGUUGGGGAAGCAUUCCUAGCAUUCCCCUUUCUUAUCCAAAAGCACUUUGCUAGAACUCUAAAACAGAAACCUUUAAAAGUCUAGCUUUCAGCCCCACAGUGGGAUGGUUCACAUAUUAGCCAAGGCUGCUUGAAGGACUUGGGCAGUCUUGAAAAGAUAAACUUGACAUAAAAAUAUUUUUUCCAUAUGUUUUCAGGCAAAAAAAGAGGUGCUUCUAGGAAGUUAUAGGGUGUCCAUUCUUUUUUGGAUCAGGCAUCUUUUGCUUUUCUCCCUUGUAGUUUCAGAAAUGUAAUUUAAAAAAUCAACUUCCCUGCUGUCUGCAAAUACACAUUCUGCAGUUGGCUUUUAUAACACAUGGGUGUCUAAUGGCUUUCAUAAUUGAAUUUUAAAACACUGUGAUUUAGCACCAUUUUAACAAGUCUAGUCUCCUCCUAAAUUCACAUGCUCUCUCUUUCCCUCUACUCUUUCCACAGAAGGAGCUCGGAAACAUUUGCUUUUGGUUUUAGGUAUAUUUCAUUCAAGCUAGGGUUUGUGGUUCAACACAGACUGGUUAGUUUAAAAAUAAGCCACUUUCAAACCACGAGUUAAGCAGGUGGCUUCGUGAAGUUAGCCAAAGUUAGUGUUAGAUAACAACCUCCAGUUUGGAUGAAGCGGCCCACCCCACUUAACUUAAACCAAACCAAAGCUUUCAAAUUCUUCCCUGCUGUGCAGCAAGAAUGAGGAGAGGAAAUACAUGAGCCCAGCAGGAGGCAAGGCUCAUUCGCAUAAUAUGAAACCAUCGUUUUACAUUAUGCCCAAAUGUGGCCAUUAUAUCUGUGCUCCAUCAAACAAAAUUUCCGAGUUGUGUAGUAAGUGAACAGUUUGGUAAAUUGUCAUGAUAUAUACCAGGGUUGGCCAAAUUGGUUUAUGAAGCAUAUGCAACUACUGGGCAGUUCAAGAUUGUGAACAGAAAAUCACUGAUGGAGAAUUUGGUUUAUUAGAGAUAGAGAUUUUCUGUUCACUCCUUCCAUCAAAAGCUUGCAGCUUCACAUUAGAUCCAAAGGAGACAAAGAAGAAUGCAGUGGUAGAUAUUUGGGCCUCUGACAUCAUGGGUUGGUAGGCAGAAGGAAGGAGCUGCAGACUGACCAGGGACUGGAAGUGAUCUAGGGCUUGGAAGAGAGGGAAGGAUUUGGAGAUGUGCAUGUUUUGGCCCUUUAGCCUUAUGGAGUUCUCAAACGUAGAACUUGGCAACCUCCUUGGAAAUACACCAUAGAAUAUCUAGUCAUAAAUUGAAAUUUUGCAAGUGAGCAAGCUUUUGUUAAAGUCUAAAAUUAUGCAGAUAUAAUUAAAUUGGAUGUAACAAGUAUUGUAAUGUUACUUUUUGCAAAUUUGUGGACAAAUCUAUGUAGGCACCUAAAAUCAUCCACAGAUGCACUCAAAAUGCCAGGGAAAGAAAAACUCAAGUUGUCAGCCACUGCAGCAUCUUUCUGACAGAGUUUGUAUAAGUCAGUAAUAUUUUCAAGCCUGCAAAAUUACCUCUAGGUAGGUAAUGGCCUGAAAACAUUCAUUAUAAAAUUCUCAGAUUAUUAACCUGAUUGCACAAUCCAUUUUUAUUAAUACAAAGGUUUUUUUUUUAAAAAAAAAUCCUUAGAAGAUUAGAUGUUCCAUCUGUUUAUACAAUAAAUACAUUGCUUCUUUGGUCGCUAGUUUAUAAAAAACUGACUUAACUAUUUCCUCUCCCACUCUAAAAUUGUGGACAUACCACUUCAGCCUCUAAUGUACCUCACAUUUGGUGCUACACUCAUCAGACCUUUACAGACUUGAUAGAAAGAUAGAUAGACCAUUAAAGCACUUGUCUGACCUGUUUUGUUUUGUUUUUAAGACAGAAAAGGGACCUUUCAGCACUUUUACUGUUACAACUAGAGUCUUAAUUUAUCUGGUCUUCAGAGUCUAAGGUACUGUAAAAGUUUCAGUCCAGGAAUUUUAUAAUGUUCAGGCAGCUUCUGGGUGUACACGCAUGAUAUUUUAAUUAAACAUUUCAGUAGACCAUUUCAGGGCUUUAAGGUUUGGGAUCUAAAUGGGGGAGGCUAGGUAAAGUUUCCCAAAUGAAGAAUAGUUUUAGACCAUUGUGUAGUGCUCAGUUUGAAAGUAUAUCACUAGGAAAAUGGGUAGGGAUUCUCUCUCCCUUUUGUCUUCAGGGAAUGAGCAGUAUUUAGAAUCUUUGGCUGAAAUUCAAGCCUUUUUACCAUGUAAAUUUUUAAUAUAAAUUCACUGACAUGCUUUUUACAUCAGAGGACUGAAAAUGGAUCUUAAUGUUUAAGUUGUCGAAUGGUAUAUUUCUUAAAUGAAGGGGGAAAUUUAAAAAAACUAACUAGAUUAGCAUACCAGCAUUAGUAAUCUUAAGGGAUUUUAGUAUGUAAUAGGAAAGUCUUUGAUUAAAAAUCUAAUCUUGAAUUGCUAGUCUGUAACUAGGUGCAUUCUACAUUAGCAGGUGAAACUUCUUUACUUGUUGAGAGAGGGUAGAUGGCGGCUGUCAUAUGCCCUAGCAUCAGAAAAACAGAUUACAGACUGCAGCCUCUUGGAGUCCCAUUGGGUGGUUAUAUCCAUGGGAUUUUUGCUUACAGCAGCUUACUGCUGCUUAAACAUGUAUAAAUAUGUUUUGAGUGUUUGCUCAUAACUCUUUCUAACCUCCACUUGUUAAAUUGUCAAAUGUUGGUAUUUUAUCAGUCCGCAGUGUAAGUUAUAAACUAACGUGCUUAGGAUUCCAGCUUGUACACACACUGUUUGAAAACCCUCAGGGACAGUUUACACACUACCCUCACUCAAUUCAGGUACUUGUACACUAUUCUUAAACCUAGCAGUGACUUGUAUUUUGUUUUUGCUUUUCUUUUGAUGUGCUAAUAGCACAUCCUUGAUGAAUGUCAACUUAAACUCAGUUCAGGUAUCCAGGUAUAACUCAGCCAAACGGAUUUUAAAGCUGCAUAUUACUCUCCAGCACGCAGUGCCUCAGACACGUAGUGGCAUUCUGUAUAUUCAGUUAUUACUACUGAGCAAGAUCGCAUGGGGGUUCCUGAUAAUUAUGUAUUGUAAGAAAUUUCUAUAUAUAGUAUGUGUAUUAUGUUAUAUACAUAUAUAUUAUAUAUGUAAUCUUAAACGUAUAUAUUUAAAAAUGCCACUACCAAGCCAGCACAGCUAAUGUCAAAUACAUUCCUGGCUGUCCCUGUAAAUGGAACAGGGGCAGCUUCUCAGUAUGGCUGUGGUUUCUCCUUCAUCCCAGGUACUUCUAAACUUGAGCCCUGGCCCUUGGGUGUCUGACCUCUACAUUCUAGUUAUGCAAUGUCUCUAGGAAUUCUGUGCACUGGCCACUGUGAUGGAAGCCAAUGGGCCAGAUGGGCUUGAGUUUAUUAGUAACCCUUCUGCCAAAGUUGGUGUUUUAUGGCAAGAGUGUAAACCUUUCAAAUAAUCAGCAGCAGCACAUAGAUUGUGGGAGCACAUGAUCGCGCCUACCUUUAUGCUCCAUGUCGGGCGUGUCACCUCUUGUGCCGUGCACUAAUUGUGAGUGUGUUGGCAUUUCACGCCUGUAGUGGUGGGUCUGUUUGCUGAGCACUAAACAGUGCAUGUGUGUAACACAUUAAAAUAAAGCCUGCUGCUCGCACCAGCAUUAAUUUCACUGUAGCUGUGCGUCAGCAAUGCCUCUGCUUUAUUAUUUGAUGCUUUACACCUUAGAAAGUUCUAUUUAUGUAGAGUAUGGAAAAAUGGCAUUUUUCACAGACCUCUAAAAGUACAAGUGUCAUGGAAAAAUAAAGCAGGAACCCCCUUUUUAAUCUAUGGACCUCAUUUCAAUAUACUGUUUACAGUUUGACGGAAUUGUAUAAUUUAAUAUUUCUCUUGUACUGUAGUUUGUAUUUAUUUACAGAUUUUUUUGUACUGUGUGAUUUGAACUUUUUUGUUCCUUGCUAUGAUCAACAUUUUAUGUAGUAGAGCACUUAUGAUCACAAAUUAAGGUUUUGGUUUGAUUGCACUACAUUUAAUUUUUAAUGCAGUUCUGAUUUUUUGACUGGACUAAAUAAGCUGUGUCUUAAUGUAUGUGAUAAGUACUUAUAAAUUUUUAAUUCACGUGGUCCACCUUUUUUUUUUUUUUUGCAUUGUAUGUCAAAAGCGCUGAUUCUCUCGUUGUGCAUGUGUAAGGGUUUAACAGCCCUGUUGUAUUCUUUGGCCAUGUCAUUUUGAAAACACAUUCCCAGCUGUAACGUGUAUGGUAGUUUUCACUGGAUGCUAGACUUUUCAGAACCACUAUUCUUCUAAUAAAUUUUGUUGUGAAAACUUGAA